CUCUCUCUCUCUCUGUGAUUUACACUCUCAGUCAGUGUACAUAUGCUGGUACUCAGGCGCUGUCUUUCUGAUGUUCUCUCCCUCUCAUCCUACACUUUACACCCCUAUCAGAGGAUUAGACACACACAUACACUGAACCGUGUCUUAACUAGACACAAUGUAACCAUGCUCUGGCCUUGACAACUGGGCAGAUGUGAAACGCACCGUCCUGUAAUCUUAUCUGAAAAAUGUUGCCGAGCCAAUGUGCCUGCAUGCUGGCUCUGACCUUUUCUACGGCGAUAUCUCCUUGAUGUGUAAUGCAGCUGGAGAAAUAGAACGUUUUCACGACAACUAUGACAGAACUGGCUUUUUUGUUUCAGUGUCAUGCAAACCAUGGCCCAGAUGCUGACGGGUGCAGAUUAACAGGCUGCGCGCUGAGCUAUUCUUCAGUAGUGUGCGAGGUCAGCCCUGGGGUGCCACAGAUGAGGGUUCAGGCAUCGUGCUCCACUCACAUACCCCGAUGUGAAGUAGAACAAACGUUACGACACAUCCCACGUGUGCGAUUCAAAAGACUGACAAGUGACCAAACUCUGGUUUACUGCUCUGGAUGUGGCAGCAGGGGACAGAGAGUGAAGCCAACCGUGCAGCCAAUAGCAGUGCUGGAGUGGGAGAAUGAGGAGGAGGAGGAGGCCCCCAGGGGUACUCCCCCACACAAACACACACACACACACACACACAAAGAAAUUACAACCUAAUCGAAUGCCUGGGUAAUGGAAUAACUGAAUAAGUAGCCUAGAGGUUAUUAAUGCAAGUGGUUUCCAAACCGAGGUCUCGGAAACUCCAGGGGUCCUUGAGAGCAGGAUUCAGAAAAAGCCCAUAUCAAAAUAUAGACAUGUCUAAUUUAAUCACUAUUCAAACUGCCAGUUCGAAAAAAAUGCACAAGAGGUUUUAUUCCCACCACUUUUGUGUGUGAGUCUUUUGUCCCUCACUGGACAAGCUGGGUUUAGAUGAAAGUGCUCAUGUGUUUUUCCGCAUGGAGCCAUGGUUGGAUUUUGUGCAGCGGUCAACAUUGAAUCUUUGUCAAAGAUGUUUAAUAUUAGAUGUGAAAAACUUGGCACAUUCAACAUUUCAUUCUUUUUUUCAGAGGUCAGUUGUAACAUCUCCAUUUGUCAACCAAUCAGGGAAUCUAUUGUACUGAUUAUUCACCAAAGAUAAUCUAAUUUGGUUCAUAAAGAAAAGAGAAAUCAAAGGAACAAACUAAGGGUUCAAUAGUCCUACUCAACCCGUUAAAGAGUCUUCUUCUCGGCCGAGAGGUUUUUGAUAGUCAUUGUUUGAUCUGUUCUCAACUUUUGGCUGAAUGGAGCUUACAGGUUAGAGUGAUCCACUGUGCUUCAUGUGUGAACAGGUGACGGCCCCCUCCAUUAGACGUGUCUCCUUUAUUCUCUCGGCAUCAAAGUCUCAAGAAAAGCCCCAUCAGGUUAACAUCAGUCCCACAUGUAUAGACUCAAAUGAAGAGUUCAUCUUUGAUAUUCGUUUGAUAUCUGCUCUCCGCCGACUGUUUUGAUCCUGAACUUCCCACUGAAACUUGAUGUCACACUUGACCCUCAGUGAAAAAGUGAAGAUCGUCGGUCACUGAGUACUCAGAUUUGCUUGGUGUGACAUAUUUGGGGGUAAUGCACUAUGAAUAUUAUUCAGAUCUUGCUUUACUGAGUGAUUUUCGAACGUGACUUUUCAACUUGAGCGUGUGUGUCAGGGCAACAUUUUGCCAGUUUCUCUUCUCAGGAGGCCAAUACCUAAAAUAGUAUAUCUCCAUCAUGUUUAUGUACAAUAUAUGUUUAAAUGCAUAUUUAAAUGAGUAUUUUUAUUUCAUGUCACUUCAUAUUGCACUUUACUUCAUUUCAGUUGGCUGUAAAUGUAGGCUGAUUAAGGUUUUACAUACAAAACAUGUGGUUCGUUUAUAAAACUAUGAUACCAACCCAUAUAGGCAAUGAAGAUUAGGUUCAUGUCCACAUUCGACAAUAUGAACAUUCUGCUCGCACAAAAAAAUGUAAUAAUGUCAAACUCUUAUUGACUCUUAUGACAAAGAUAUUUCAGCUGCUUAAAGAGAUAAUCUGACUAUAGACCUAUUACAGUUCAUUUGAAUGAAUAACUUCAAUACUUCCUGUUACCACAUUCCUGUUUUUAAUUCACCCGAUCACUUCUUUCAUCACCGGUCGUUUAUUGGACAAAACCAGGCAAAUCAUUACACUUUUUUUUUGUUUUUGUUUCGAUUUUUAAAGUAACUUCAUAUAACUGUUAUGAUGCUUAACUUGUUCAUGCAAACCGGUCGAGCUGAGCUCCCGCAGGUUUGUCUGGGGACUACAUGUCCUCACUCAUGUGAGCCAUCGCAUCCUCUCCCCUCCUCUGUGUCUCCUCCGGGACUUCGCCCGCAGCCUCAGCACCAACGCAGCAGCCGCACAUCUCGCGAUGAGAGCGGGACGACCGCGAUAGUUUGGUGCUGCCCGCAAAGUUGUAAUCAUUGCAGCAGCAGCAGCGGCGGCGGCGGCGGCAGCAACAACAGCAGCGAUGGCCGCGUUCCGCAGAGUGGCGGCCCUGGCCGGGAAGAUAACCCUCUGGUCGGCGGCGAGAGCGGAGCUGCUCGGCGGCAGGAGGGCGCGGGGCUGCGCGGCAGCCGGGCUGGGUCUCGCGGCGGGCGGCGCCGCGGCGCUGUACCUCUACAUGGACGGGACGAGCGGCGGAGGCAGGAGGAGGAUGGAGAGGCGCAGCAUCAACGGUCUGCUGCCGUCCAUCGCCGCCGUCGAGGCCAAGGAGAAGGCGCGUCCGUUCGACUUCGAGGACGGGGACGUGUACAUGUCGUCCCACGAGCACCGCUUCCGCAUGUUCAGCUCCGCGGAGUACGACGGGCAGCUGUACAUGACUCCGCAGAACUUCAUCGAGUCGGUCACCAUGAGUGAACCAAGAAACAAGAGGCCCUGGAGGUCCCUGGCCAAACAGGAGCUGGAGAAGAUCCUGUCAGAAACUCCCCCGGUAUGGAGAGGAUCCUCCAAACUGUUCCGCAACCUAAGAGAACGAGGCAUCAUCUCGUACACUGAGUACCUGUUCCUGCUCUGCAUUCUGACAAAGCCCCAUGCUGGUUUUAAGAUUGCUUUCAAUAUGUUUGAUGCAGACGGCAACCAGAUGGUGGACAAGAGGGAGUUCUUGGUGCUUCAGGAGAUCUUCCGGAAGAAAAAUGAGAAGAGGGGAAGGAAAGGAGAUGCUGAAAAGUCUGCACAGUUGAGUAUGCAGCUCUAUGGAUAUCAGGUUGCCCCCAUGAACAGCGUGCUAAAAAAAGACAGUCAGGAGUUUGUGGCGCGGAGUUACUGGGACGUUCUGAGGCGAAGUGCCAGUCAAGUCCUGUUUUCUGACCUGGCAGAGGAUUUUACCCUCGAGCGAGCAGAUGAGAGCAUUACGAUCGACACCACCCUGCUGGUCCAUUUCUUUGGGAAGAAAGGGAAGGCAGAGCUCACAUUUGACGACUUCUACAGGUUUAUGGAUAACUUGCAAACAGAGGUGUUGGAAAUUGAGUUCCUGACCUACUCUAAGGGAAUGACCACCAUCAGUGAGGAGGACUUUGCCAAAAUCCUGCUGCGCUUCACCAACGUGGAGAACAUCAGCGCCUACCUGGAGAACGUCCGCCAGGCUAUACCUGAUGAGAAGAAGCAGGAGGGAAUCACCUUUGAUGAGUUCAGAUCUUUCUUCCAGUUCCUCAACAACCUUGAGGACUUUGCCAUCGCCAUGCAAAUGUAUAAUUUUGCUUCUCGCUCCAUUGGACAAGAUGAAUUUGCAAGAGCAGUAUAUGUGGCCACUGGGCUGAAGCUGACACGUCACCUUGUGCACACCAUAUUCAAGAUUUUUGAUGUUGAUCACGACGAUCAGCUCUCCUACAAGGAGUUCAUCGGCAUCAUGAAGGACCGGCUGCACAGGGGAGGCAGGGGCUAUAAAGCAUUGGCGCGAGCCACCUCUUUUAAAUCCUGUCUGAAGAAGGAGCUGGCAAGCAGCAGGUGAAGGGACAACACUUUGCCUCCUUCUCCAGCUGUGUUCGCUCUGAGGCCAGAAGACAAGUGCGCCAACUCCGGAGGAGGUUCAGGGAGAAGUCGUAGAGGAAGACACAGACAGGCGGCAGAAGAAAACAUGAAGGAAGAAGAUGAGAAAAAGUCUGGUGACUGAGCUCUGACUUUUAAAGUCAGUGGCCUGAUUCAGCAAUAGUUUGUUUUCAAGGUCAGAGCGCCAAAGCUCUACAAGCAUGACUGCUCACAGCUGAUAAUAAGCAACAUGGUUCGUUUUCUGCUUUCCCCUUUCAUCUUGAUCUAAAACAUUAUUCGUAGUAUGAUUUACAGUGCAUAAUGACAAAGUAGAAUUCAAAUUCAGCUUUAUUUUCCAAGAAUGGCACCUCCACAACAGUUAGUGAAAAUGUAACUAAUCUUUUGUUUUUUUAAUUUCAAUAGCCUAAAAGUCGUUUUUAUAACAAUAUGAUAUAGGUAUGACGAAGCAGGCUGUAUUUUUUUCAUUUGAUGCUGCAUUAUAAGCUAACAACUCAAAGAGCACAACAAAAAUGAAGUUAUAAAACCAAUAUGAUAAUGAGGAGGUUAUCCAUAUGAAAUGAAUAACUCUAGUAUGAAAUGAUAUAUUACAGUAACGUACUACAUUUGCAGAAUUAAAUGACCAUUUUAGUUUUGUCUUCAUCUCUGAAUCUUUUUUACUUUUUUAUUUUUUUUAUUCUCAUCUAGUCAGUAUAGUUCUUCUUUGAUUUGCAAUGGAAGUAUAUAAACACAUUAGCUACUGUUAGGAAUGAUGUACUAUCCUAAUAUUAGUACAGCACUUGGGAUGACUUUGAAGGGAAGGAAAAAGAUUAUUUCGUGAUGUCAAUAUUUUUACCUGACUGAAUCCUCCUUGUCUUUGAGAUUCUGGACUGAUGUGUUAGACAGCAUCUCCACCACCAUCUCCAAAACACCCAAUGAAGGAAAAUCUUUUAGAAACGGUGUGUCCAUCUCUCCGAUAGAGUUUUUAGACUUUAUAGAAAAUCAAAACCAAGUGCAAGUGGUGGUAAAGCUAACUUAACUUCUAUUGUUUUGUUCCUUUAGUCUGUCACAUAGCAAACUAGACUUUUCCAGCAAUUAUGUUGUCACUGUGUCGCUUUUCAAAGAAAAAGAAACUGCAAAACAUCUGCAAUAAUGACAUUAUGAAUACUAUGUGUGAUUCAAAUCCCCAAACCUUCAAUGUUGUAAUAUAUUAAUGACUUCUUGAAAUGCAUUUGUUAUAUCUUGGUGUGAGACCAAAGGCAAUAUUCCUACUUUAGCUGGGGGGGAAACCAAACAAACAAAAAACAAAACAUUUAUUCUAUUCUUGAUGUAAAUGUGUAAGGAAGAGUGGGUCUGUGCAUAGUUAUUGUGGAUUUGUUCUCGUUUUAGUUUUCAAUACGUCUUGUAUUUGUUACAUCGCAGGACGUGCUGAAUGAACAUGCAUGAAUAAACUAUUUUGGGAGGAAAUCCGUGGUAUUCACUGAGCAUGCGCAACGAAACCCAUUACACAACCGCUUGUCGACAGGCGAAGGCGAACUUGUUGUGUUACACCUGAGCUAUGGCCAAUUGAGAUGUAGCCCCACGUCUGCUUGUGUGUAAGUUGCUCGUGUUGAUGCUGGCAGUCAUGUCGUUUUAGAGAAAGUUAGCUGAGAUGGAGAAGCUUUUGGAGCACAUCAUGCUCAUUAGAAAUGAUUAUCAGUAUUUUCCUGCCCCGUUCUUUAAGAGUUUUUUUAAACUUUGAUUUGUUGUAGUGCGUUCGGCCUUGUUGUUUGUUUAUUUCCACGUACGUUUGUGUAAUAGACCAGCGCUGUUGUGUGCAUCUGUAUUUAUCUGAUAGCCCCUGUUGUGCCGCAAUAAGCUCCCCUGUCGUGAUAGGAACUGCCGUUGAGGGAAACAACCGGUCCACAGCGCCCUUGUUCUACGUCACGUUCUGUUAUAAAAUAUAUAGAUACAAUAUAUAUAAAAUAUAUAAGAUAUUAUUAUAAAAUUGUGAUGCAGUGUUGUUCAGACUGAUGUGAGGAGGCACGUUUGAAAGCAGACUUUUGAAUGGACUUACUAAUUUGAUUUAUCAUGACUGAAAAAAAGUAUUCUGUACCUUGCAAAUUAUUUUCGGUUUUGCUCUAUCAAUUGCAUCUGCAUCUUUGCAUUUGAAAUAUAUAGAAAAGCAGCAGGACGACCUACAUAUUCACUCCAUUUGUUCUAUAAAAUAAGUUUGCCACAUUUGGCCAAGCUGUUCUCACGGCAAGGGGGCUUAAUACGGCGCAACACGAAGCGGAACUGGCGCUGGAGUUGUAAACGGAACUUUACUUUUUUGUGAGCUUUUUGUCAGGAACAUUAUAAACGACGCACCGCUCCGUGUGUGUCGUGUAAAGCGAAACUUAAAUACUUACUUACCUGCAUACUUAGUAACUUUCUUACCUACUUAAAUGCAUACUUAAGGCUGGUGUCUUUUUUGAUUCCUCCAAACUUAAUCAGUGAUCAACGUCUCGGGUGUAUAGUCCUUUAAAUAAUAUAACAAAAUCAUGAAAUGCUCGUCUCUGUGUGACGCAGCCCGCAAAGGAUUAUGGGUUCCCGAUAUUGCGAUUUAAGAUCACAUUGUCAGUUAUAUAGGCAGUUUACACAUACAUUGUAUUCAUAUCUUUUUGUAAAAAUAUGCCCUUUGUUAACGACUCACUGCCUGGUCAUUUUGGUCGCGUGGGGUAGUUGACGAAACCCUGAUUGAGAACGACUGUCCCGUGAAUCGGGUCCCCUCCUCUCCCUCUAUUACGUUAAGACUAUACUUUCAGGGAUCAUUUCUAUAGUUUAUGACUUGAGAAAUGUGUUUCUAAAGUGAUCGGUCUCGCUAACCACGAUGAUGAGAUGCGAUAUUCUCUUCUGAGCGCGAAACGGAUCGAGAAUAAUGAUUCACUUCAUACGUUCUCGGUCAUUGAUGACCGUUCUUUGCCUCUUUUGGGGGCAUUGAGGGAGAGAAUAUGAUCAGAGUG